AUGAUGGAAUUUUUAAAGUGUACUAUCGGCCGUCUUCGUCCCCACUUUCUUGCUGUUUGCCAGCCUGAUUGGGCUCGCAUGGAUUGCACAGACAAGGAGUAUAUUCCUGUCUCUGAAACGUUCUGUAUGAAUCCUGACACGCGGCGAAUUCGCACGGCAAGAACAUCGUUUCCAUCAGGACACACUGCAGCUGCCUUCCAUGUUUGCGUAAUAACUUCGUUAGCGAGAAUAACCGAUAUCCCAUCACUGUACAAGACUAGGAAUGUAUUGUUAGUGAUCUUCACUGUAUGGACAGGUUUCACUGCUAUAACUCGAGUCACUGAUUACUGGCACUAUCCAAGCGACGUGCUCGGUGGAGUUCUACUCGCAGCAUCUUGUAUAUUGCCGGUGUUCGGAUGGAGGUGGAGGACUCAUAAAGAUGUCUACGAGUCUCGUCAACUCGAAAAACAACGCCCUCAUUUUGAAUAA